UCCACGCCGCAAUGAUGAUGAUUAUCUUAUGACAGAUAUAUAUAUGUAUAUAUAGCUUCCAUUCAUGAUUAAUUUUUAUCUUGUAAUUGCCUGUUAAUCCUAAAAUUGAGCUGAUCUCUCCCAAUUACCCAACCAAGAACAUAACCUCCCCCGCCAUCAUGUACGGCGACCUGGGAAACAAACUGGUCCAACACGCCAAACGCAUCCAAUCCCUUCCGCACGUCCCCCCUCACCACACAGAGCUCGUGAGCAGCCUCAUCGGCGAAGUCCACGAGCUCAACGCGAACGUCACCCACCUACUCUCCCCUUACGGCGACCAGGACGGCAACACGCCAGCCUUCAACCCGUCCGCCGAUCCGGCCACGGCGUGCGCUCUGCUCGUCAACCACCUGUGCAUGCGCCGCAACAAGCGGUGUCUGUUGGCGUAUCACCGCGUGCGGGUGGAGAAGGUUGAGGAACUGUGUUGGAAAGGGUGGGAUGUGGUGGAUUAUCGGCAGGAGAGGCGGCAGCAGGAACAGCAACGAGGGGAACAAGGUGGUGGUGGUGGGAGUGGGAGUGGGAACGUGUUGAGUCCCGAGGAGGAGGAGUACCUGAGGCUGUAUGGGGAGAUGCUGCUGAGUUAUAAAGGCCAGUGGACGGAUGUGGAUCUCACGGGAAGUUUGGAGCCGCCGCGGGAUCUGUUCAUUGAUGUGAGGGUGCUCAAGGAUGUGGGGGAGGUGCAGACGGAGUAUGGGUCGAUUAAUUUGACGAAGAACAGUCAGUUUUAUGUUCGGCUGGGGGACGUUGAGAAGCUCAUUGCCCAGGGAUAUCUUCAGCGCUUGAGCUGAGUGGACUACAGAGUGGAAUGGGGGAAC